AUGGUGCUCCGCAAGGCGAAAGCUGCGCCAAAACGGCAUCCAGGUGCAGGAGAAGCGAAGCAGGACAGCAACAUCUUGUUGCCAAAGCAUGUCCGGCAGAUCAGCGACUUGACCGACUUGGAUGAGCCUGAGGAGACUUCGAGUUCUCAGCCCAACGUCCAGCAGGAGAAGGAGGUGAACCCCGGUCCCGCCGCCGGGGCCGCUGUUGCCACGGGCCCUGAAGGCCCUGAAGCCCGAGCUUGGGCUUCAAGCGGCGCGGGCGCCGUUCGCUGUCAGGGACCGACGUACUCCCAGGCUCUUACGUCGCCGUCGCUACAAGUGGUAGAUGGGAGGCAACUUCCGUUCCAAGCGUCGCCGCGAGGAGCGGUGUCUCCGAGCGGUGCCAGGCAAGGGCAAGUUCAGGUGAACGCAGCGUUGCGUGGUCCUUCCCCGCCAAGGCUGGUCUGGUCGCAUGUUCCUCUUGCCGGACAAAGGGCCUACUCCACAAGGAACGCAAGCGGCGUGAUAACAAGGGCUCCUGUGCAACUGGCGUCACACCACCCGCAGGUUCCCCGCCUGUGCUUGCCCAGCCAGUCUGGCCAGCCUGUAUGGGUGCAGCGUGCAGCAGUUGAACCGGGAUUCUCAGGUGUGCCGAGUCCCGUGAAGACGUUGAGCACGGACAUGCUGAGCCGCUCUGUGCAAGUGGUGCCUUUGCAGGGCUCCUCUGUCGACCUUUCUGCCUCGAGGUCAGGGUACCCUGCACAUGCUGUGGACACGCUGAGCCGAACAGUGUCAGCCUGCAGGCAUGUGCCUGAGCAUGGAAGCUUUCGGGCGGCGUCGCCGACUCGACUCGCGCUUGGCUGCUUGGCCAGUCCCAAGGCAAAGCCGCCGAUCUACCGGGCAGUGCCCGUGGAGCAGCGCCUCCAUUCCGAAGCGCGCGUGUUUACGGGAGCCGUGCAUCGACGAAUGGUGUCGCCUGGCCGUGCUGGCCCUGUCUUCGCUGCGGGCACGCUGCCAGCGAGCAAGGUCCGGUGA